AGGAGGGGAGAAGGGUGAAUAAGCAGAUCCUUGAAGGUUGGAGCAACUCAGAAAACCUCCAAAGCCCUGAAAACCGUUGGGCUCUUAAAAGAGUCCCAUUCUUGAGGCUGCCCCGCCGGGACGCCAGGUUGCCUUGGCGUGGAUGCACAGUGGCCUGUUAGGUCCAGGUCCUUGACGUGCCUGCAGAGAGGGAGGGGAAGUUGAUUUGCAGACGAUGAAAGAGGAAAGCAUGUGCCCAGAUUCUCCGGAGGGCAGCCUGGUGACCAGCGAGGAAGAAAGCGAGAAGGCACCCAAGAAAGGCCUGCGCAAGAGGACCCAGCUGGGCAAGCCACUGGCCUUGGUGCCCCUGCAGGAGUGCAGCACCCCCUCGCCACAGGGCAAGCGCAGCAAGCGCAGCCCUGUGCCACAGACCUUCGAGGACAUGCACACGCAACGGGUGAUUGCCAACGUGCGGGAACGCCAGCGCACCCAGUCCUUGAACGACGCCUUUGCCGAGCUUCGCAAAAUCAUCCCCACGCUGCCUUCCGACAAGCUCAGCAAGAUCCAGACGCUCAAGCUGGCGGCCCGCUACAUCGACUUCCUAUACCAGGUUCUGCAGAGCGACGAGCUCGACCACAAGAUCUCCAGCUGCAACUACCUGGCCCACGAGAGGCUCAGCUACGCCUUCUCCGUCUGGAGGAUGGAAGGGGCCUGGUCCAUGUCAGCUUCCCACUGAGGUCCAACUGGAAGUUGAGCUGUUCUUGGAUUUCAGCAGCAAAGUUCACCACAAACUACAGGUCCACUCGGGAAGAAGGCUGGCACACAACAUGCUUCUGCCUCACCCAAGAGCAGCAACAGAGAAAAACUCUGUCCAGAGAAACUCAGGGCAUAUACUCCCCCUAUGAUUCUCCAUCACCUGCUCAAAAACAAGGCCAACACCACCACCACCAUCAUGGGGUAUGGAAAAAGAGAGGCCACCUUGGAUCCAGGAUGGAGAAUCUGGACUUUCCACCAUUGUGCUGGGAAGAACUGCAUACAGGGAGGCAGGAGCCCAAAACAGGCACAGACUACUUUGCUUGUAACAAGCUGGUCUCAAAAUGUCUAUCUAGAACUCUUUCAAUGAGCUAAUUUAUUUUUGAAUUUGCAGGUUUUUAUUUUUUUUAUUUUUAGGGUUUCCAGGAGGUUCUCCUACCUUCAUCUUUGGUGCCCGCUAGGACCCAAACCUACAGGAACAUCUUAACUCCCCUUUGAGGUGGCUUCCCCUCCACUCGCCUUUAGCCAGAGCUUAAACUCUAAAAGCCUUCCUCCUUCCUCUCCCAAGAUGGGUGAGGGGGUGGUUGUGGUUACUCAGCUGCAAGAAAAACAUAUUCUGUGCAUGCUCAGGAGCAGUACACCUCCAGUGUCGUUACUUCAUGCUUCAAGGCUAAAUCUUGGUACUGAAUAAAGGUCCCACCCAGGCCUAGUGAGCCCUGAUUUGCAUUAAGCCUCGGUUUCUUCUUACUCAGCUGAAGUCAGCUUGCCUGUUCUAACAAUCCCAGCAAUUUUAAGUUUCCCUGGGAUAAGCACUGGCUUGGUGUGGCCUAUCAUAGCUACUCACUGUUGCUCAAUGGUAACCACAUGGUGGCAGUGGGAAAUGACAGAGAUCAAAUGCUGGGGGGUGGGGAGAACGUCAGCAGCACCAACUUAAAAAGUGGGAUAACAAUUAUCCCCUCUCCCCAGGGAACUGAACAUAAGAACAUAAGAAC